AUGAAUUUAUUGCUGCAAACAUUUUCAUUGAUAUUCGGAUUGGUGCCCUUCAACAGCAAUGAACUCGAUUCAAAUGUCGUGGUGGACUAUAGCCUCGUAAUCAUUAUGCCACUAUUAUAUAUUUUUUGCUAUUACUACGUAAACUUUCGAGGUAUCAACGCCUACCAAUUGAAGGAUUGUAACAGUAUCUGCCAUCUUAGCAGCAUACUUUUCAUGCAUGUCGGAUGCUUCCUUUACUUAACCAUUUAUUUGCUAACGCUACUGCGUCGAAAAGCGUUCUAUGUCGAAUUUGGAAAAAGGCUACAAGAAAUUGAUGAGCUAAAAGUGGCUUGUAUCAAGGUGGCUGAUACUAGCAACAAGUUGAUUGUACCUCAAAAGAAACGCUUAUUCUAUAUAAUAUGGAUCUUCGUUUUGACAGCAUUUGGAUUCGCAAUAUUUUACGAUGUAAACAAGGUUUUCAAGUACUACGGUCCAUACUGUUUAAUAUUAAAUAUGGUCAUAACAUUUCCAUAUGUUGCUGCGAGUACAGUGCAGGGUAUUUUCAUAUCAUAUGUUUCUGUAAUUUCGGAACGUUUUCGUAUACUAAAUAUUCUAUUCAAUAAAAUCAAUCAGGAAAGUGAUAAAAAGAAUUCACCUUUAUCAGUUCUGGAUAUUGAAAAUGAGUAUCGAAAAUAUAACCACAGAGGGCCUGCGGUUAUAAGUAAUCUGGCAAAAAGCAAAACUAAGAAGGAAAUACAGAUGGGCGAAAAAUCAGCCAAUUCAAGCAACAAUUAUGGCAGCAAUUCUGCCGAAGAAGACUCUGGCGAUGAUAUGUAUAGUUCUGGCGCAUACGACGAGCCACGGUUAAAUGAUGGAAAAACAUCAGAAACUAAUUUGCCUCGCCUUUUUAAAUUACAUGAUAAGAUUCUUUCACUAAGUGUUUUAGUGAACUCCGAAUUCGGGCCGCAAUGCGUACCAUACAUGGCCGCUUGUUUUGUUAUUACCAUAUUUGGGAUCUUCUUAGAAACUAAAGUCAUGUUUAUUGUGGGUGGAAAAAACGAACUCAUGGAUUACGUUAUUUAUCUUUAUGUGAUAUGGAGUUUCACCACUAUGAUGGUGGGCUAUUUGGUGCUACGUUUAUGCUGCCAAACAUAUGCUCACUCAAAGCAAUCGGCAAUGAUUGUACACGAGAUUAUGCAGAAGAAGCCAACGUUCAUGCUGGGAAAUGAUAUUUAUUAUAACAAAAUGAAGGCAUUUACGUUACAGUUUUUGCACUGGGAAGGCUACUUUCAGUUCAACGGCAUAGGUCUCUUCGUAUUGGAUUAUACGUUCAUUUUUUCCGUGAGCAACUCCUUGAAAAUUAAAAAGCCUAUUAUGCGAGUAUUGGUGAAUGUAAUGGAAAAAAUAUUUCAGACGGUGAGCGCUGCUACCUCUUACUUGAUUGUGUUGCUGCAGUUUGACAUGACUGCGAUUUUGAAAAGCGAGGGUCUUACGCCAAAGGCAUUGGGAUCAGGAGCAAUAUAA